AUGGUUCGUAUCAUAAGCCAGGAGACCUACGACGAUGUCGUACGCGAGAAUAUUGAUGAGUUUGAUAUGGACCCAGAAGAAGCUAUAAAAGAGGCUAUUGCCCAAUUUGAAGCACAGGGUGUGGACUUAUCAAACAUCAUAAAGGAUCUAGCUUUAGGCUCCGGUGAUAACCAUCUAGUGAGCUCUACAGUAGCCAAGUUAAGAAAUAGUGAUAAAUCUGACAGUGAAGAAAUACUUAAAGACUUGGAUGUUUUAAUAACGGAAUGCAAGAAGGAUAUAGCUCACAGAGUUCGUGCAGGCAAAGAUGGUGCUUAUAACAUUUUAAUAGAACUUUUGGAGACAAACUAUAAAGUAUACAUUGAGAAUUGUAAAGAUCAUUUGCUUAUUACAAAAGUAUUGUACAGUUUAGCUGCUUUGAUGGAUGUUCAACCUGACUUGCUAGAUUAUAAAGGAUUAGAACUUAUGAAGAGCCUAUUGGAAAAUGUUCAAAAUGAUGAAGUGAUGUUAGCUACUCUAAAAUGGAUAAAUGUUUGUUGUGUUAAACAUGAAAUGAACCGACAGAAAGUAUUUGCACUGAAUAUUGUUGACAAUUUAAAAAUUCUUUUGAAAGUAAAAGGCAAUACAAGGCUUUUGAGUGAGACAUUACAAGUAAUUCGUCGUUUAACUUUAGAUGAUGACAUUCGUAUGGAAUUUGGCAAAGCACAUGAACAUGCAAGAGAAUUGGGCAUUUACCUAUUGGAACAAUUGUCACAUUUACUUAAAGAAAACACAAAACCACCAUUAGCAUCAGAAAUUAUGUUGACGAUGGCAACACUAUUAGUUAGACACGAACUGUGCGCUAAGGUCGCUGAAUCUGGCAACAAUAUACUAUUUAUUGUUCUAGCUGACAAUUUCGAUAAUGUUGCAGUUAUACAGCAAGCUAAUAAAUUGUAA